AUGUCUAUUAAUUUUCCUGCUUUAUUUUCUUUGAUUUCUGCUUCUACAAAAUCGAGAUUUUUUAAUGUGAGGCCUCGUUUUUCAUCUUCGUAUUGCGUAAAUGAUUAUAUUGACGAAAACAGUGAGGACCAAGCUGUCCUUCUUAAGCAUCAGAUUCAUGUCCCUGAUGCUUCUAACUUCUAUAAAUCUCUUUUGAGUAGCUCAACUCAUAUGAUUGAUUUGAAGCAGAUUCAUGCCCAAUUUAUAAUUUCUGGACUUCAUACUAAAGAAAGCUUUUUGGUCUCUGAAUUUAUGAAUGCAUGCUUAAGAAUCGGUGAAAUUGGCUAUGCUCGUCAGGUUUUUGAUGCCUUUCCUCAACCAAAUAUAUCUAUGUGGAAUGCAAUUGUUGGUGGAUAUAGUAAAAGUAAUAUGUUGCGUGAGUCAAUUGAAACGUAUGCUGGAAUGAAGCGGGCUGGGGUGAGUCCUGAUUACUAUAUUCUUACACAAGUGCUCAAGGCAUGCAGCUUAUUAAAGCUUCUUCAGAUGGGUGGGGCUAUCCACGGCCAUAUAUGUAGGCUUGGCCAUGAUUCUAACAUGUUUGUGCAAAGUGGACUGGUUUCACUUUAUGCUGAGUGUGGUAGAAUUGAUUAUGCCAAGAAGCUUGUUUCUUAUGAUGGCUUGUUGUGUAGUAGUAGAUCAAUUGUUGUUUCUUGGACCGCCAUUAUAUCAAAAUGUGCACAAAGUGGUAAUUCCAUGGAGGCUUUGAGACUUUUCAGUGAUAUGAGGAUGAUGAAAAUGAAGCCUGAUUGGAUUACUCUAGUGAGUGUUCUGAGAGCUUGUGCUGAUCUUGAUUAUUUGGAACAAGGAAAAUCUCUACAUGGUUGUGUCCUUAAAAUGGGUCUUGUAUCAGAAGAAGAUUUGCAAAUUUCACUUACAGCUAUGUAUGCAAAAUGUGGGGAAGUGAUGGUGGCAAGAUAUUUAUUUGAUCAGAUAAAUAAACAAAAUCUGAUAUUGUGGAAUGCUAUGAUUUCUGGAUAUGCUAAAAAUGGUUAUGCUGAGAAAGCUGUAGAGCUGUUUAAACUAUUGGCCAAGAAGAAGGAUAUGAAGCCAGAUUCUAUCACUCUGAGGGCUGCUAUUCUAGCCUGUGCUCAAGUUGGCUCAAUUGAUCUGGCAAGAUGGAUGAAUGAUUAUGUCAGUAGAAGUGAUUACCAAAAUCAUGUAUAUGUAAAAACAGCACUUGUUGAUAUGUUUUCUAAAUGCGGAACUGUGGAAGUAGCUAGGCAAGUUUUCAAUAAGAUUCGUGAUAAGGACGUUGUUGUUUGGAGUGCCAUGAUAGUGGGAUAUGGAUUGCAUGGUUGUGGCCGAGAAGCUAUUGAUCUUUAUGAUGCAAUGGUGCAAGCUGAAGUGAUGCCUAACGAUGUCACUUUUCUUGGGCUUCUUCUGGCAUGUAAAAACUCAGGGCUGGUCAGAGAGGGAUGGACUUUUUUCCAUAGCAUGAAAGAUUACGGCAUAGAGCCUCUUCACCAACAUUAUGCUUGUGUUGUAGAUCUGCUUGGUCGUGCGGGCUACUUGGCAGAAGCCUACAAAUUUAUUGUUAGAAUGCCCAUGCAACCAGGAAUAACAGUAUGGGGUGCCCUUCUGAGUGCAUGCAAAAUCCAUCGCCAUGUACAAAUGGGAGAAUAUGCAGCUUCUAAAGUUUUUGCGAUAGAUCCAAAUGAUACUGGACACUACGUACAGUUAUCAAAUCUUUAUGCUGCAGCACGUAUGUGGGAUCAGGUUAAUGAAAUUCGCAAGCUUAUGAAAGAGAGAGGGUUGAGCAAGGAUUUUGGAUUUAGUCUUAUUGAAAUCAAUGGAAAGCUCCAAGUAUUUCGUGUAGGAGACAAUUCACAUCCAAGAUAUGAGGAAAUUUGGAAAAAGCUUGCUGAUUUGGAGAGGAGGUUGAAAGAAGCUGGAUUUUCCCCUGAUUCAGAAUCUAAUUUACAUGAUUUGAGUUCUGAGGACAUGCAGGAGAGUCUUUGUAAUCAUAGUGAGAGGUUAGCAGUUGCUUGUGGUCUCAUCUCAACACCAUCAGGAAGCACUCUUCGGAUAACAAAAAAUCUCAGGGCAUGUGUCAACUGUCACUCUGCUAUUAAGCUUAUAUCAAAAUUCACCAAUCGGGAAAUAAUUAUUCGAGAUGCUAAUCGAUUUCAUCAUUUCAAAGAUGGAGUUUGUUCUUGUGGAGACUAUUGGUGAAAGCAUUUGCGCAUGUUAUGAUGAUUUGGUUGAACCACUCUAGAGGAGAUGCUUCAGAGCACAUUCCGCCAAGGGUUAAAUAACUAAACAGUACACACUAAAGGAGUAUGAUUUGCCACAUUUGCCAGGUACCA